UGUCCUAGCAACCGACCAACUGCCAUGGAACCCGAUGGCUACCACCUCUGCCUUGACCUCCAUCCCCAACUCCUGCCCCGACCUGGCAGUGCCCAAUGGAUCUGCAGUCAUGGAACAAAUACCACCAGAACGAGCAGCCCUCUUCACCCAUCAUGCCCACCAUGAGCAGCAACACUGAAGAGAAAAAAGGGCCUGCUGCCGCCUCCAGCCUUGACCCCCACAUGGCCUCCGAGGCUCAGGUGGAGGAGAUCAUGCAGGACCUGAGCUGCCCUCUCUGCCGAGACUGGUUCGGAGACCCGAUCCUCCUGGCCUGCGGCCACAACUUCUGCAGCAUCUGCCUCAGCGGACUGUGGGGCCAGCGGGAGGACACUUACUGCCCCGAGUGCCAGCAGCUGUGCCAAGACCGCCAAGGCACCCCCAACUGGGCUCUGGGGCGGCUGGUGGAGAAGGUGCGGGGCCUGCCCUUGGGACGGGGCCAGCCCCAGUGCCAGGAGCACAAUGAGAGCCUCAAGCUGUUCUGCAAGCAGAGCGGGAAGCUGGGCUGUUUCCAGUGCAAGGACUCCCAGCUGACCAAGGGGCAGGUCCCCGAGUUCCUGAAGAUCCCAGAUGCCGUCCAGCUGUACACGGAGGAGUUGAUGACCACUCGUGGCCACAUGGAGGUGGCCCUGUCAGAGCUGCAGAGCCUGCGUGCCAUACAGAAGGAAGCCAUCUCUGCUCACAAGGAGAAUCAGCUACGCCUGCAACACCACAUCUCGCUGGAGUUCUUGAAGCUGCACCAGUUCCUGCACAGCAAAGAGAAGCGCCUCCUGGAGGAGCUGAGGGAGGAGGGCAAAGCCCAGAACCAGGAGAUGGACAGGAACCUGAUCCAGCUCCAGGAGCGGGGCAACAGAGCCAAGGAGAUGCUGGUGGCCAUCCAGAGCCGGAUGGAACAGCACAACUCCUUCAAGUUCCUUGUGGACAUCAAGUCCUUCCUGCAGAGCCUGGAGCAAGGGACCGAGGUACUGCUCCCCUGUGAGGUCCUCAUCAGGGAGCUGAGCCUAGGCAAGUUCAAGGGCCCUAUUCAGCACAUGGUGUGGACAGAAAUGCGGACAAUCCUCUGCCCAGGCCUUUCCUUGGUGACUCUGGACCCCAAAACGGCCCACCCGAACUUGGUGCUGUCAGAAGACCAGACUAGCGUACAUCACGACGACAUCAAACGGCCCCUGCAGGACUUCCCAGAGCGGUUUGACUCGAGCGUGGCGGUGCUGGGCACGGAGGGCUUCACCACGGGCAAGCACUACUGGGAGGUGGAAGUGGCCAACAAGACCAAGUGGACAGUGGGCAUCGUCAGGGAGUCCAUUCCCCGCAAAGGCAACUGCCCCUUGUCUCCCCAGGAGGGGUUCUGGCUUCUGCGCCUGAGGAACGGGACGGAGCUGAAGGCUCUGGAUGUUCCCUCCCGCAGCCUGGAGCUGGGCCAGGCCCUCUGCAAGGUGGGGGUGUACCUGGACCACGAGGGAGGUCAGGUGUCCUACUACGAUGCCAGCACCAUGGCCCACCUGUACACUUUCAACAGCACCUUCACCGAGAAGCUCUUCCCCUACUUCUGCCCCUGUUUGAACGAGGCCGGGAAGAACUCGGAGCCACUGCGCAUCCACCAUCCCAUCUUGUAGGCCCCGAUGGGUCAGCUCGGGCCCCCAUUAAAGAAGGCGGAAGUGGC